AUGUUGAUGAUGAUGAUGAUGAUGAUGAUGAUGAUGAUGAGCAGCAUGUUCCCAUUUCAAGUGGUUGAUGUGGAAUUGGAGAGGCCAAUGGCAGGGAAGCCGUCUCUGUUUGGCAGAGUGAUGUUCACUCAGACUUGCAUACCUAAGAUUGUGCUGGAUUAUAAUGAAAGGGUCAGCUACAACGUCUUUGGGCGUCCGCUGAUCUGCAGGAGGUUUAUUAGCCGGUCGAGGAGAAUCGCAGCCAGAAACGGUUUCAUUGGUGCUCAGUGGUGA